AUGCGGACAGUGCGAACGGCGGUAUUUUGUACGGUUUUUCUGGCUUUGCUGUCCGCUACUAAAGGACAAUUCUUUGGUCCAUGUGGUAUGGGAAUGCUUGGAUGUGGUUACGGAUAUGGCUAUGGCGGUUAUGGAAUGUUCGGUGGCUACGGUAUGUAUGGCGGAUUUGGUCCCGGAUUAGGAGGUUUGGGCAUGGGCUUGGGCUGCUGCGGAUUUGGUGGCUUCUUUGGUUGA